CUACCCGUUCAAUUACUCAACUCCAACCUCCCAACCCAUCUCCCAUCCCACUUUCUGGCCGCACACGGCCGCAUCCUGCAACAUUAAUCCCAUCUCGCCGCUCCUCACUUGCCGUCGCCGGACCAGGACCACCCCCGGACGUAUCAGGGAAACAGGCCAAGUGAGACUCGCAACUCCGCCGGUUCUCAAACACCACCAGCGUGGCUUGGAAGCCUUUCAUCUAUGCGCUUGGUUGCCGUUCUUCCAACUUUUGUCAAACGUUCCCUCCGUUCCUCUUCCAACCCAUCAUACCCUCAUAUGCCUCCACCCCACGUACAGAAAUAAUAUCGGCUUGUUCCUGCUGCCCCAUACGGACGCUUCUGCCACCGAUUGAGCUCACGAAGCCGACAACGACUGCUUGCUCGUAUCUCCGCCGCCCAGACCCCUGGUUCAGAGACAUCAAUCCCGUCACUGGCGUCUCGCCGUCUCUUGCCACACAUACUCCUUUUCCAUCGUCUCAACCCGAACACGCGGCUCCCGGACCCGGCUUGUCCCCGACGCCUUGUUCCAGACACCCCACAUGGUCACCCGCUGUUUCCCCUUCCCAGCUUGAGUAAUCGUCGCCUCCGCACCCAACAUACACACACUGCUUGCCUCCGGGUUUCACAUCGCACCAGUCUUGGUUCAGACACCUCCAACCCGUCUCUCACUCUCGCCCUGGUCGACCGUCAGCGUGUCCAUCAUACGUCGAAUCACUUUUGAACAAUCGCACAACUGCUCCAAGUGGACGAACACGCCAACUGCUCCCGCCUCCAUUCUGACGACGCAGCACUGUCCUUAAUACCUAAACACCCAGGCGCCUGAUCUUCUUGCUUCAGCUUCGCAUCUCGGUAUCUACAACCAUUAGACGUAACAAGACAUUGGUUGAUACUGAAAACCCAAGUCGGCACCAUGGUCUAUUGUGGAAAGCCCUCGAGGGGCUGUCAGAUGUGUAGGACUCGGAGAAUAAAGUGUGACGAAACAAAGCCUACCUGUAACCAGUGCGCCAAGUCACGUCGUCAAUGCCCUGGCUACAAGGACGAGUUCGAUCUCGUCUUCAGGAAUGAGACCAAGGCAACAGAAAGAAGAGCUCAGAAGGCCAACCGCAAAGCACUCGCCCAAAAGGGGAAAGAAUUGGACUCGCCCACUUCGAUUUCCGACAAGAGCAUUUCGCCCACCUUCAAGAAUGAUUCCGACUCGCCUACCGCGGUCAUUCCUGGCCUGAACGUGCCCGUAGAGCAGAUGGCCAGCUGCCACUUUGUCGCCAACUACGUGUUACUGCCCAGACAGGGCAGCACCCGUGGGUUCAUGGAAUAUUUGUUGCCGCUACUCAAGGUCGACCAAGGGAACCUUCAUCUGCAGCACGCCUUCAACGCAUGUGCACUCGCAUCGCUGGGAAACCGGCCGAACGCCGCCGGGACGGGUUUGAGUGACCAGGCCUUGGGGCACUAUACCAAGGCGCUGGCCGAGACGCAUAUCGCCCUUAAGGAUCCCGACCAGUCCAAGUCGGACGCCACUCUUGCAUCUGUUCUCAUGCUGGGUCUCUUCGAAAACAUGACUGCUCGACAAAUGGGCAUGUUCGCUUGGGGUUCGCACAUUGAAGGCGCCAUCCAAUUGGUCAAGGCACGCGGUCGGAAGCAGCUGCGGACCAAAACCGGAUUGCUUCUCUUCAUCGCUGUUCGCACCCAAAUGAUCAUUCACACGCUCAGCACAGGUACGGCCCCUAUCAUGGGAGUCGAAUGGUGGCUCAGCGACGCUGUCAAGGAUGAGUCUGCCGCCCAGUGCCAGAGACUCAAUAUCAAAACGGCCGAGCUACGCGCCGAGGUCACCCGACUGAUGUCGACCGUGGCCCGAAGCCCCGAAAACAUCGAUAUUAUGCUGGAUAUGAUUCGCCGGGCCCAGACCGUCGACCAAGAACUUGUGAACUGGAUGAGGAACACGCCCGACUACUUUCAAUACACAACGGUGGCGUGGGAGGACAAUGUCCCCAACGGAGACUACGCCAAGGCUGAGGUGUUCCCCGGCCGUGUGGAUGUUUACCAGGACUUUUGGAUUGCCAGUGUGUGGAAUAUGGCAAGAGUUUCUCGUCUGAUUCUUGCUUCCGUCAUCGUCCGCUGCGCCGCUUGGGUCUGCUCGCCAGUGGACUACCGCACAACGCCCGAAUACGCAACGGCGGCGCGCACUUGUGUAGACACCAUUAGUGACAUCAUCGCAUCAGUGCCGUACCACCUGGGCUGGCAUCUCAAGAGACCAGAUCUCCUCGAGAGAGCAAACAUCUCUGGUUUCGCCUGUGGACUAGAAGAGUCGCAAAAAGGUCUGCCCGGGUACUUCCUGACCUGGCCUCUGGCAUGCUUGCAUGGUCAGGACUACACCACAGAUGCUCAACGAGCCUGGGUGGUAGGACGCUUGAAGUUCAUCGGCGAUGAGUUGGGCGUCAAGUACGCUCACAUUCUGUCACAGAUGCAAGUUCGCAUUCCGUCGAUGCUCAUCAGGAGAGACGGACUGAUGGCCCAGCCGUAUCCGCAAGCUCACAACUUUGAAAGGCUGCUGUCGGCAAGGUUUGCGCCGCCCUCGGCCGGCUACUCGAUGAACCCUCUGCAACAACGCGAGGCUAUGCAAAAGGAGUUUGUGGAGAAGCACAAGGCUGAGCUGCUCGCCAAAGCAACUGGUACUGCCGGUCAGGCGGGGCAAUGGGUAGCACAAAAUUGGCUGACGGUGCGGCCUGGGGCUCAGUGAGCUUACAUCAAUCUGGACGGAAUAUUCUUGUAGGGGAAAAAGGGGGUUGACAUGGUCCGUUUGCAUGACGAUGACUCUCAUCAUAAAAUUCCCUUUCUGGCGGAUUCCUUUUCUUGAGCACCUGGAUCCGUCUAUCCGCGUUACGAAACAGAAGGACAGACCGGGCCGGAACUGGAAAAUUGGAGUCCUGCCCUCGAGGCGGGAGUGAAUAGGUGCAAAAACCGCCGGGAUACGGCUUGUCGUAAUCUUGCGACAUAUGACAGCAGAUUUUGACCUCAAAGGGGAUUUGGUGAGAUACCACGGUGUUGGGUUGUAUUUGAUUGGCUUCAAAGUUGGUAUCUAUGGCGGAUGACACGGUCCAUUCCUUAGCACAAAGUUUUCAUUCCUAUUGCAAGUGAAGAACAAACUGUCAAGCACGUAUUUAGAGAAGAAAUGGCAACGGUUAUUGGGAUACAAGUUCGUGAACCGGCACGGCAUUAUUUCAACAACUUCGUCCCUUUGGGGAAAUUGGUUGUUUCCAAUCAUGAAUUA